UUCACACAGCCAAGCAAGUGGCAGUGCGAUUCAGAGGUUCAGGCAUGGCAGCUCCGAGAGCACUUGUCCUCGCCGUCCUGCUGGCGAUCGCCGUCGCCAACGCCGAGGCAGCGUCAGUCGUCGUCGGCCUGGCCAAGUGCGCCGACUGCACCAGGAAGAACAUCAAGGCUGAGGAAGCCUUCAAGGGUCUCCAGGUGGCGAUCAAAUGCAAGAACAUCGACGGCGAGUACGAGAGCAAGGCGGUGGGUGCCCUCGACGGCACCGGCGCCUUCAGCGUGCCCCUCGCCGCCGAUCUCCAUGGCGCCGACUGCGUCGCACAGCUCCACAGCGCCGCCUCCAACGCACCGUGCUCCGGCCAGAAGCCAUCCAAGAUCGUGCCGGUGUCCGAGGGCACCACCUUUGGUGUCGUGGCCGGCGCCAAGACGGACACGGUGGCAUCGCCAGAGUGCGCGUCCGCGACCCUAUGCGGACCAAUCAAGAAGCACAUCAUCGAGCACUUCCACCACAAGAAGCCCGUGCCACCCAAGCCGGAGCCCAAACCCCAGCCCCACCCUGACUACGGCCCCGUGCCCAAGCCGGAGCCCAAGCCGCAGCCCCACCCAGACUACCACCCCGUCCCUCCCACGCCUACCUACGGCGGCGGCGGGGGAUACCACGGACACCACUGACUCC